CAGUUCUCGCACCACUGGAUCUGGAGAAUCGCUGGAAAGCUGGCUUCCCCAACAGACUGUCACGUUUCACUGAUGAAGUCCCAAGACGAUUUGUACGUGAUGAUCGAAAACCUUAUCCGGCCAGUUUCUGGUUCCGAGGCUGACAAACUACCGUAG